GCAUUGUACACUGUACUUUCCUUACUAAUUUUUUUCCCCACAUAGGACUGCAAGACAAAUUCACAGGGGUGGCAGAGGGCCCCUUUUCACACGUGAACAGGAGGAGGCCAUUUGCACCAUGGUAAUAGAAAACAAUGCAAUAAGACUAAGGGAGAUAAAAAGUGCCAUUAUAGAGGACAACAACAUCUUUCAAAACAUCCAAACAGUCAGCAUCUCAACCAUUGAUAGGGUGCUGAAAAGACACCAAAUGAAUAUGAAGCAGCUCUACACUGUUCCGUUUGAAAGAAAUGGUGAAAGAGUGAAGGAGCUGCGUUACCAAUAUGUACAGCGUAUAAUGGAACUGGAAGCAAGUGAACCACCGCACAGCUUCCUCUACAUGGAUGAAGCUGGCUUCAACCUAACAAAACGUAGAAGGCGUGGUCGAAAUAUCAUCGGCCACAGAGCUACAGUUGAUGUGCCAGGCCAACGGGGCGGAAACAUAACCAUGGGUUGUGCAAUCUCUGAGAAUGGUGUGCUAACGCAUAUUCCCAUUAUUGGGCCAUACGAUACAGAGCGUCUUGUCACCUUUUUAGACACUCUCUACAGGGAUCUCAUCCCUGAACAAGAGAGGGGUCAGAUUGGAAAUGACCUGCCAAAGUAUGUGAUCGUUUGGGACAAUGUCAGUUUCCAUCAUUCCAACAUCAUCAGGCAAUGGUUUGCUGCCCAUGACGGGAUGCUGAUGGAGUUCCUCCCACCCUACUCUCCAUUCCUUAACCCCAUUGAGGAAUUUUUCUCAGCAUGGAGAUGGAAAGUAUACGAUCGUCAGCCACGUACACAAAUGACCCUUCUGGCUGCCAUGGAUGCAGCAUGUGACGACAUCACAGCAGAUGCCUGCAGAGGCUGGAUAAGACACUCAAAAAGAUUCUUCAUUGCAAGAGAAGAUGUUCGUUGUGAUGUGGAUGAGAAUUUGUGGCCCAACAGACAGGAUCGUCAAGAGGUGGAGGAAGAUUGUAAUUCCUUAAUGUAAUUUCUACAGCACCGCAUGUACAGUUUUUCCUAUGUUCACAUUUCUUCUUUAGGUUUUUUUUGUGUGCUAUUCAGUGCUGUCUUUUCAUUUCUGUAUCUCAAUGACAUGUUCUGUCAAUAAAAUACAGUACAAACAGUAAGAGUGUAAAUUUGAAUCUUUUCCAUUCUCUUGCAAUUACACUCACACAUACACUAAGAUGUAACUUACAAUUGACAAUAAUUGUCAUCAAAACUUUAGCCAUAGUUUCCAUCAGAACAUCCCUCCAGAGUAAACUGUUAUUGUGACAACAUGACUAAACAAUUUGACUGUCUUAUCCGUACACAAUGACACAAGGACUUGUCAUUCUGAUGGCACUGACAUGUUCAUUGACACAGAUAUUUACUUUUGAGAGAUGAACUAAGAAUUUUGAGU